AAUGAUCAAAUGAAUGAAGUCAACUGUUCCGUGGUGUCUGAGUUUGUGUUACUGGGACUCUCUAAUUCCUGGGAGAUUCAGCUUCUUCUUUUUUGCUUUUCUUGUCUUUUCUAUGUGUCCAGUAUAAUUGGAAACCUCCUUAUAGUGGUCACUGUGACCUCUGAUCCAUACUUACACUCCCCCAUGUAUUUUCUGUUAGCCAAUCUCUCCAUAAUUGACCUGAUAUUUUGCUCUAUUGCAGCACCCAAGAUGAUUUGUGAUCUCUUCAGAAAGCACAAAGUCAUCUCAUUUGGGGGCUGUAUAGCUCAGAUCUUUUUUAGCCAUGCCAUUGGAGGCGCUGAAAUGGUGCUGCUUAUAGCCAUGGCCUUUGACAGAUACGUUGCCAUAUGUAAGCCUCUGCAUUACCUGACUGUAAUGAGCCCACGAAUGUGCAUUUUGAUUUUAGUGGUUUCCUGGAUCACUGGUCUCAUUCAUUCAUUGGCCCAGUUGGCUUUUGUGGUAAACUUGCCUUUUUGUGGCCCUAGUGUAUUAGAUAGCUUUUACUGUGACAUACCUCGGCUCAUCAAACUUGCUUGCACAGAUACUCACAAACUGGAAUUCGUGGUCACUGCUAAUAGUGGGUUCAUUUCCCUGGGUGCUUUUUGCUUGCUCAUCCUCUCUUAUAUCUUCAUCUUAAUCACUCUUCAGAAACAAUCUUCUGGUAGUUCGUCCAAGGCUCUUUCCACUCUAUUAGCUCAUGUAACUGUGGUGGUUUUGUUUUUUGGUCCACUGAUUUUUUUCUAUAUGUGGCCCUCCCCUUCAACACAUCUGGAUAAAUUUCUAGCUAUGUUUGAUGCAGUUUUAACUCCUUUUCUAAAUCCACUCAUCUACACACUCAGGAACAAAGAGAUGAAGAUGGCAAUAAGGAGAGUAUUCAGACAACUUACGAGUUUCAGAAAAAAAUCACUAAGUAGCUUUAUUGAAACAUGA